ACCGCUACAACGUGUUUUUAUCGCUGGCUGUCCAGACGGAAGGUGCUGAAACGCUUUGUCGCGUGUCUGGAAGAAGUGAAAACUUUCCUGGGCAGCAAAGGGCUCACCUUUCCUGAGCUGGAACAGCCAGAGUGGCUGGAAAAGCUACACUUCAUGGUAGACAUGACAGCGCACCUGAACACGCUGAACACAGCUCUUCAGGGGAAAGGACGUACAGCCCUGCACAUGUUGGAGGAUGUUUUGGCAUUCGAGCGCAAGUUGACAGUGCUUGCCAGAGAUUUACAGAAAGGCACUUUGUCUCACUUCCCCAAUUUGAGAGAGUUCAAACAAGGUCACGACAUGAUAAUUUCGGAGUAUUUACAUUCUGCAAUCAUCGCAAUGCAAACAUCGUUUGGGAAACGCUUCUGUGAGUUCAGAGAGGAAAAAAACACAUUAUCCUUCCCGGUCACUCCCUUAAGCAUCGAUCCUUCCCUACUGAAUACGACUGCAUUGGCAGGUGUGAGUCAACCUGAUCUUGAGAUGGAACUGGCCGACAUAGCCGACAAAGACAUAUGGGUGUCCAAGUUUAGACGCUUGACAGCAGACCUUGAAGAUGUUGCCCGUCAGAAGGCCGUUCUUGCUCAGAAACACAAAUGGAGUGAUAUUGAAAACCUCACAGAUGACAGCUUGCGAUCCUGUGUAAAGAUGAAGGUGACAUCAUACAGCCCUGAUGUGCAGACGCUGUGCGCUGAGGUCCAGGAGCAGAAAUCCCAUUAACCAAGAUGACAGCUGGCUGACGUUAUUUUUGGUUUGCUGCUGGCGGAAAAUUUAAGUUCGGCGUUUUUCAUAAAUACAAGAAGGACUCAAAUAGACAUUGAAUAUUUUACUUAAAAGUAACUUUCAACCCAACGUCUUUUUUUCGGAGUUCAAAAUGUUUUUGUUGCAUGCAGAAAUGUAAUUUCGUUUUCUCUGCAGGAGUUCAUCAAUUUCAUAAAUGCAACACAUUAUAGUUUGUUUAUACAUAGCAUAAAGGCAAAAAAAACGUUGUAUGCAGUGUUAUUUCAUUUUAAAUGUCAAACGGGU